AUGAUGCAAUUUGCUCCAAGUGAGGGUGAAACUGCUUUGUCCGUAGUUGGUCCAAGGCCAAUGGAGUUGUCUACGCAUAGUGCUCGCCCGGCACCUGGGCCAAAUGGAAAACAAAGGACUUCCAGUUUGGAAUCGCCAAUCAUGUUGUUGACAGGUCAUCAGAGUGCUAUAUACACAAUGAAAUUUAAUCCUGCUGGAACAGUUGUUGCAUCUGGGUCUCAUGACAAAGAAAUUUUCUUAUGGAAUGUUCAUGGGGAAUGCAAGAACUUUAUGGUUUUGAAGGGGCACAAGAAUGCUGUAUUGGAUCUUCACUGGACAACCGAUGGGUCUCAGAUAAUAUCAGCCAGUCCAGACAAGACUGUGGGGGCAUGGGAUGUUGAAACAGGGAAAAGAAUAAAAAAGAUGGCAGAACACUCAUCAUUUGUGAAUUCUUGCCAUCCUGCUCGAAGGGGACCACCUCUUAUUGUCAGUGGAUCUGAUGAUGGAACUGCCAAACUAUGGGAUAUGCGUCUGAGGGGUGCCAUCCAAACAUUUCCCGAUAAAUAUCAAAUUACAGCUGUCAGUUUCUCUGAUGCAUCAGAUAAAAUCUUUACCGGAGGCAUUGACAAUGAUAUUAAAGUUUGGGAUUUGCGCAAGGCUGAAGUAAUGAUGACACUUCAAGGCCAUCAAGAUAUGAUAACAGGUAUGGCAUUGAGUCCUGAUGGCUCUUAUCUUCUGACUAAUGGAAUGGACUGCAAGCUCUGCAUUUGGGAUAUGCGCCCAUAUGCACCACAGAAUCGUUGCGUGAAGAUAAUGGAAGGGCACCAGCACAAUUUUGAAAAGAACUUGUUGAAAUGUAGCUGGUCCCCUGAUGGAAGCAAGGUCACGGCGGGAAGUUCUGAUCGGAUGGUUUAUGUUUGGGAUACUACUUCUCGACGCAUCUUGUAUAUGCUUCCUGGCCACACCGGAUCUGUCAAUGAGUCUGUAUUCCAUCCCACUGAACCCAUUAUUGGAUCUUGCGGUAGUGAUAAACAGAUCUAUCUGGGGGAAAUCUGA